CACGGUAGCAGUCAAAAGCAAACUGACAUUGGUGCAGUGCACCUUGACUUGUAACUUUUUAUUUUUGCCUUUUAUCCUUUUUGGGGGAUUCAUCCUCGAUCCUGUGAAACAGGCUACAUUCAUGGCGUGUCCUGUCGCUGGUGCUGCAUCAGUGGAGCUGAACCCAGCUGUCCAACCUCUAAACUGGCUGUUGGGCACCUGGGAGAAUGAUGGACCUGGAGAGGGCAGCUUCCCCUCUAUAAAACCAUUCCACUACACAGAAAAACUGUACUUCAGUCAUGUGGGACAACCAGUCAUCAACUUCAUGUUCAAUGCAUUUCAUGCAGACUCUAAUAAGCCUCUGCACAGAGAAUGUGGUUUUAUUCGAAUGCAGCCAGAGACCAACCGAGUGGCAUUAAUCAUCGCACAGAACUCAGGUCUGGUGGAGAUUGAAGAGGGAGAGCUUACAGGGAAUCAACUGAAUCUGCAGACCCAAAAGUUGGAAAGAAUCUCUUUUGCCAAGGAACCCCAUGUGCAGCAGAUAUGUCGAGUAAUUCAGCUGCGACCAGAUGGGAAGCUUGAGCAGACUGUUUCCAUGGCUACAGACAAGCAGCCGCUGACUCAACACUUGCACAUCACCUACCGUCGGUUAUCUUAGUCUUCAAGCUAGCAGUAUUUUCAUGUGCAGUGUAUUGAUUCAGAAAGACAAAAUAAGCUUAAGCAUUUAUAAUAAAUUAAUGAUACA